UACGGCUCCGGCAGGCCGCGCGUUGCGGGGGCGUCGCACUGUCCGCAGCCCGGUCCAGACUUGCAGAGUGUUUGAGUGGCAGGCCGGGAGGGGUAUCUUUCCCUUUACUCUGCGCUCAGGCAGCGCCAACCCCUCCUUCCCUCCCCCCACUGCCGUGCGCUCCCUGCCCGGCUCCCCGCGUCAGCUUUUCCUGGGCCCCUGGAUGAGCUGGGGCCUGGAGGUUCGAAGGUAACGGCCGCUGCCUGGCGCGGAAGCGAGGGGCGCGCCCCUCUUCAGCCCAGCAAACCCCGCCCCCGGCCCUUGCCUCCAUGGGCCCAACUCAGAAACCCAACGUGUGCCGCCAGCUGAGCCGCCGGGCGCUGGGCUUCUUCUCGCGGGACGCAGGCGUGGUGCAGAGGACGAACCUGGGCAUCCUGCGGGUGCUGGUGUGCCAGGAAAGUACUAAAUUUAAGAAUGUUUGGACAACUCAUUCCAAGUCACCUAUAGCCUAUGAGAGAGGAAGAAUAUAUUUUGACAAUUAUCGGUGCUGUGUCAGCAGUGUUGCAUCAGAGCCAAGAAAACUUUAUGAAAUGCCAAAAUGUUCCAAAUCAGAAAAAAUAGAGGAUGCUUUAUUAUGGGAAUGCCCAGUGGGGGAAAUACUUCCCAAUCCAUCAGAUUAUAAAUCCUCACUCAUAGCACUGACUGCACAUAAUUGGCUAUUUCGCAUAUCAGCAACUACUGGAAAAGUCCUUGAGAAAAUAUAUCUUGCUUCAUAUUGCAAAUUCAGAUAUUUGAGCUGGGACACUCCUCAAGAAGUCAUUGCAGUCAAGUCAGCUCAAAACAAAUGUUCAGCAUUGGCCCGGCAGGCAGGCAUUCAACAGCCUAUUUUGCUGUACCUUGCAGUGUUCCAUGUUUUACCUUUUUCACUCAUAGGGAUUCUGGAGAUCAGCAAGAAGAUUUUCGGGAACGUUACAGAUGCUACCUUGUCUCAUGGGAUACUGAUUGUGAUGUACAGCUCAGGACUGGUCAGACUCUAUAGCUUCCAAGCCAUCAUUGAACAGUUCAUGCAACAGAAACUUGACUUAGGGUGUGCAUGCAGAUGGGGUGGGACUGCUGGAACUGUAGGAGAGGCUCCUUUUGGCAUUCCUUGUAAUAUUAAAAUCACAGACUCACCACCACUGCUCUUUGAGGUGUCCUCCCUGGAGAAUGCUUUCCAGAUUGGAGGCCAUCCUUGGCACUAUAUCAUCACACCUAAUAAGAAGAAACAGAAAGGAGUUUUCCAUAUUUGUGCCCUGAAAGAUAAUUCCUUGGCAAAAAAUGGGAUCCAAGAAAUGGAAUGUUGUUCUCUAGAAUCUGACUGGAUCUAUUUUCAUCCUGAUGCUUCUGGUAGAAUAAUACAUGUUGGCCCCAAUCAGGUCAAAGUUUUAAAGCUAAAUGAAGUAGAAAAUAAUAGUGCCCAGCAUCAGAUCUCUGAAGACUUUGUCAUUUUGGCCAACAGGGAGAAGAACAAAAAUGAAAAUUUACUCACUGUUACAGCUUCUGGACGGGUGGUGAAAAAAACAUUUAACCUUCUGGAUGAUGACCCAGAACAAGAGACUUUUAAAAUUGUGGACUACGAAGAUGAGCUGGAUUUGCUUUCUGUGGUAGCUGUUACCCAAAUCGAUGCUGAAGGAAAAGCUCACCUGGAUUUCCACUGUAAUGAAUACGGAACUUUACUUAAAAGCAUUCCACUAGAGGAGUCAUGGGAUGUGACAUACAGCCAUGAAGUCUACUUUGACAGAGACUUGGUACUACACAUAGAACAGAAACCCAGCAGGGUCUUCAGCUGCUACGUUUACCAGAUGGUAUGUGACCCUGGUGAAGAAGAAACAACAAACAGAAGUUGUGAAAAGGAGUGAGAUACUUUUAAAACUUGAGAUGUAACUCAUGAGACUUUUAGCCACAUAGCCAAGCAACUAUGUUCAGUCCUCCUCUCUGUUAUCUGUGUAGCAAGUUCUCCAGUAUUUUCUAGAAAACAUUUUGUAUUGACCUCACAUGACUGUGACUUCUAUUUUAAAUUAUUGCCAUACAAGUGGUAAGGACUUCAUUUUAUGGAGAGAGUUUUUUAGAAUGACAUCCCAAGAAGUCUAGCAUUUAGAGCUUUUAGCUAGGUGGUGAUGCAAAUAUCAGGUGUUGGGGAGCACAGAAAAACAAAUUGGUGCCAGUUGUUGGGAGAAGGUUACUGAUGGAGAAGUGUUAAACAUGGUUCUUAAAGGAUGGUAUGGAAUUUUGAUUGGUAAGACGAUGCAGUAGAGACAAAAAAAAAAAAAAAAGACGUAAAGGAUUCAGAAAGAAAUGCUCCAUCCUGUAUACCAAACUUUGCCUUAGGGUGAGAAAUGAGAUCCAUAAUGUGAAAUAAUACCUUUGAGCCAAAAAUGUGUCAUCAUGUUUUUUUAAUCAUAUAUGUGUAUAUAUGUAUAUGUUUAUAUUUAUAUGUAGCGUUAGGAAUUGGUUCUAGUUCUCAGAUGAUCUUUUCUUCCAUGGUUUUAUUCUCUUGGCUUGGUGUUCCCAUUGGUUAUUUACAUUUCUAUCACAGACUAAUGUAAAAGAUUCCAAGCAAAAUUUAAGUGAAAAUUUUUCCUGAUAUGUAGCCUGUUUAGCUCUGAAUAUAUCUAAGAAUGUACUCAUUUCACCAUUCUGUUUAUUUGGUAAGUUUCCCAGUUCUGCUUAGGCAGUAUUUUCAUACCUAUGCAAUAAGAUGAAAGUAUCCUGGAUCCCCCCAGUUCUGUUCCUUGUGGAAGAGUAGAUAAAGUCUCAAUUCCUACUAGCUUGGGGACUGACUGAUUAGCUAGAAAAGGCUUUUGACUCUGGCUUAGUUGUGAAACCAGUAUUUUUGCUUCUUUGUUAGGACCAAUAUAGAUAUAAUCCUUGAAUUCAGAUAAUCAUUCGUCAGAUUGUUAAAUAAAAGCGAUAUAAGUCAUGGGAGAAAAUUGUUUCUUUUUGCUUCCUGUUUGAGAAAUCCGGUUGCUGAGAUCCACAUGUUCAGCACAUUUCUCUGAUUCAGCCUCAAAAGAAGAACCAGUAAAAAUAGAAGGGGAGGAAACAGCAGUGAAAAUCAUUGCUGAAUCAAAUUUAAGGUUAAAAUAUGGGAUUGUAGCUUGGAUAAUUUGCAUUAAAACCCUUUAGUUUUCCCUUUGGUUUUGGCCUGACCCCAUGUUAAGAAUGAUGUGAAUUCUGCCCUUUUCUGCCCUUGAAGUUUGCAGAUAAAUGUCAAGCUAAUUAUGAUCAACAGUGCUGAGGAGAAAAAGGUGUUAACCUAUUCCAGACAUCAAGAAAUUAGUAGCAGAGUCCAUAAAUUUAAAAGAAAUACAAGGAACAAACCUAAAACUAUCUUUUGUGCGAUAGGUAAGAUUGCUAACGUUUUAGAAUAACAGAAAAUAUUUAUAUGUGGCCAAAGAUAAAUCUUUUUGCGUCUGACCUUAAGUGUAAUAACCACUUGGGCAAGUAGAAGUGAUUACCUUGUGAGCAAGGUAUAACUAUCUUCAUAUAUUAAUUCUAAUCCUUAUAUCUCUACUACUGGAAAAAUCCAUUCUUGUUUUAUGCAUAUUUAAUAUAAUAUUUGAAGCUUUCAGAGCAUUUUAGAGACCUGAUUGUGGUUACAGAGCAGUUGAAUAAUUAUGAUGUACUGGAUAUUGCCCCAAACUUCCAAUUAGACACUAGCUAUAGCUAAACAGUCAUGCCCAAUGAAUUUACAUCUUGAAAAACAAGUCCAGUAAGAGGGAAUAGAUUAAAAUACCAGAGAAAAGAAAGAAACCAGUGUUGUAUGGGUUUCAAAGCAGAUGCAGUGCUAUGUAAAAGCUGAAAGCCUAUUCUCCAUUUCCAAGAGUGUUUCAGAAAAGGUUAAGACUUCAGUCCUGUUUGAUUUUUUUAAGAAGAGGUUUAUUGAGUUUCCGCAUCUCCUUUAAGGCACUCUCUUCUUUUAAUGAAAUGAUAGGAACUCAUCUGCUCAGAAAGGCAUCUGAGAAUUAGCUGAGAUUCUUGGCUGCUUUUUAGGCUGGGGGCAAGAGUGGGUGGGUGGCUAGAAUACUUCUAGUCUAGGUAUGAACUGACCACUGAGAAACUCCGCAUGUUUCACCACUGCUAAAGUCAGACUAGACCAGGAUCCUUAUGCCGUAUCAGCCGGACACUUUCACCUCAGUGUAAAAGACCACGGUGGGGGGGAGGGGGAGGUCAGUUGUGGGCACUGUAACAAACAGAAGGGUUAUGCCCCAACUGGAAGGACAAGCUGUUCCUAUUUAGGUUCAGCUGAUUGUAACAUUUUGUGGGAAUGUGGGCUGCAUGACUUUUAACAAGAUGGUUGAUAAAAAGAUGCCAAAUGAUACAGAAGAUAGUAAAGAAUGUGGGAAAUUUACAGAUAACACACACAGCAGGAGACAGUACAGCACGCUUCCCAAAAAAGUGUGGGUGUCCCAGCCCCCCAUAGUGGCAUCGCAGCUGUUCAUUCCGCCACCUGCCAGCCAUGACGCCGCCAUUCUCUUGGGGUGGAGGGACGUGGCGGUUAAUAUCCUCCUGGCCCCACCUCAACCCCCACUCUCUGCCUGACUCUUUUAGAGUCUUCAGUGGUGUGGCCCGCCUACCUAACAGGCACUACUGAUAGGCAUAAAACAUUAUGGGCAACGUUUCUGAGUGUUUAAUGCAAAACUGAGGGAAGCAAUUUAGCUUCUUCCAGCCGGUCUAGAUAUUAAGCUGAUGAGAAGCGUAUUGCUACAUUUCACUCCUUGUGAUGCUGUGUUCUCACAGUAUCGAGGCAGCAAGAUUAUCCUUCUUUGACUCGAAAACGUUUCUCUCAACUCUGAGAGAAAACAAAACGAAUCCUAUUGUAGUUGCUGUUUGAACUGCCUAGUGAGGAGAUGAUGUUCUAUUUAAACAAAUUAAGGUACUUGACAUUCUUCCACCAACUGAAUGUUUUGUUUCUUGCACGUAUUUUUUAAAUGGUAACUUACAUUUAUUGACUGCUUUCUAUGUACCAGUCACUGUGACAACAUGUAAAAUGAAAUGGUUCACUCAACAUUCAGAAUAACCAUAUGAAGUGUGAAACUACUGUUAUCCCCCCACAUUUUGUAAAUGAGUAUCAUGAGGCUUAUAGAAGUUACUUUGCCACAACUAAUAAGUGCAGAGAAAGGAAACACAUCCAGAUUCUUUUGACACAAACUUAUGCCAGAUUUCCUCCAAAGCUCUCAAAAAGCAAAUCAUGUUACUUUAUCUCAUAUAAAGCAUACCAAUAAUGAUAAUAUUAGGUACAAGAAAAUACUUAGUGUUUUUUUAAUGAUGUCUGGAUAUCCAAAUUUUGGACAAAGUUUGGAUGAAAUACAGUUGGCCUAUUCACAUAUAUAACUUGACAUAAAUGAUGGUUCUUCAUUCAGUAGUUAAAAGUAGUUUUUUAAAAAGGUACAAAAUAUGGUACUCUCAUCCUGUUUGUGGUAAUAAUGAACACCAGUAUUGGUAAUGAUUCAUAAGUUAAUUUGACUUCCUUUUUAAUAAUCUUUGUAUUUCUUACCUUUCUUAACCAUGUCUACAUAUGUAUCUAACUUUUAGAAUUCUAGGGAAAAUUCUGCAGCUAAUUUCUGGUCCCUGCUACAGAAUCUUACAGAAGGAAUAAUUUAUUAUAGGCAAAGGAUAUAUAUUAGAAAGAUAAGACCAACUGAGGGCUUUUCUCCAUCAUUUUAUAAUGAAACUUUUCAAACAUACAGAAAUGUUGAUAGAAUUUUACAGUAAAUACCCAAACACCAACUUCAUGGAUUCUAAAUUUUACGUGUUUUAUUACUAUCUGUCCAUGUUACUUUUAUGAUGCAUUUCAAAGUAAAUUGCAGACCUCAGUAUACUUCCCCCUGAUACCUCAACAUGCAUACCACUAAAUAGAGUUUAAUGUUCAGUUUUUAAAAUUUUUGAUGUACAUUUACAUGCAGUGAAACGCACAAAUGUUAAAUAUAAAUUUGCUGAGUUCUUGCAAAUGCGUACAUCCGCGUAACCCAAACCCUUUUCAAAAUUUAGAACAUAGCACUCAUUCCGGAAAGUUUCCUCCCGUUCCUUCCCAGUCAAUCCUCACCACACCUAUUGGGGGUUAACUACCGUUUUGAUUAUUUUGCCUCACAGAUUAAAUUUGCCCAUUCUAAAACCUUAUAUGAAUGAAAUCAUACAAAGUGGAAUGCUUCCUUCAUUCACCGUGUUUUUGAAGUUAAUUCACUUUGCAUGUACCAGUGAUUCAUCCCUUUUUAUUGCUGACCAGUCUUUUGUAUGAAUGCGUCAAUUUGUUUUUUCCAGUUUUCUGUUAAUGGACACCUGGGCUGUUUCUGAUUUUUUUUCUUUUUUUUUUUUUUUUACUAUUGUGAAUAAAGUGCUGUGAACAUUCUUGUGCA